CAAACCUCCGGUCGGUGAACACUCUGCCCGGCGCUGUAUCUGAAGUGAAUUUCCAAAUACUGUUGACCACGCGUGGUAAUUAGUGAUCGACAAAAAGUGAGGAACGUUCUCUCUAAUUUCAUACAGUGUGUACCGUGUGCCGUCUGUGUGAGUGGAUUCAGGAUUAUUUGUGGGAAUUCUGCAAAGCCCAACAAAGAACUUACCGUGCAAUUGGUCUGGUCGCUGGCAACGGCCUUCAGAAAACUCACUGGCACUGUUUGCAAACGUAAAAGUUUCACCACCACCAACUUUCCGUAAGGAAGCCGUACUUCCGAGUAGUGGAUCGAGCCGGAGAGCAAACGUUGCCGCGGCGGCCACAGAUCUGUUGAAACAUCAACGUCAGCACCACAACCACAACCGGAGCCACACAGUCCGAGGGUCCUUCCGUCAGGAUGCAGUCGAACCAACCGAACAAGCGCCGGGAGAGCCAUACGCCCGCGGUCAAGCGCCGCAUGUCCCGGCACGGCUCGGUCCUGAUUGAAACGGCACCGCGGGAGCUACCGUGGGAUCUGAUCGAUCGGCUGCUGGUCCCGAUUAUUUGCUGCCACGCGGCAGCAAUUCUCAUUUCCGGUGCGCUGAAUCUGCUGCGAAUUUCCCAGGUGUCCGCCUUCGUACUGUUCAUCCUGUUCACCAUCCUGACCGUCAGCGGGGCCCUGAUCUACCACAGUCUCAAGAUUUCGCCCCUGGGAAAGGCGGUCCUGAUUACUGGCUGCGAAUCGCCGCUCGCCCGUUCCCUGGCCAAGCGCCUCGAUGACCUUGGGUUCACCGUGUUUGCGGCCUUCAAGCAGCUGCAGGACAGCGACGACGCAACGAUGCUGAAGGCCGUCUCGUCCGGCCGCCUCAGGCUGCUCCAGCUGAACGUCACCAGCGAGGUGGAGAUGUUGGAGGCAUCGCUCUUCGUGACCGAAAACCUGCCGACGGACGGUGAACCGGGCCUGUGGGCGCUGAUCCACUGCGACCUGUGGUGUGCCCUCGGCGAACUGGAGUGGGUUCCGUUUCCGGUGAUGCGCAAAUCGUUCGACAUCAACGUGCUCGGUGCCUCCCGAUUGACGCAGGUGAUGUUGCCGCUGAUUCGCCGCACCAACGGGCGGGUAGUGUUCCUGUCGUCCGCGCUGGCCCACCUUCCGUCACCGGUACGCGGAGUCCAGUGUGCCACGCAGGCUGCCAUCGAGGGCCUCGCGUCGUGCCUGCGCCACGAGCUGAAGCCGCGCAACGUCGGUGUGUCGAUCAUCUGCGCCAGUGAAUUCGCGGCCGGAAACGCGUGGCUCGACGACAAGGAUAUGCGCGAGCAGGCCAAGGAGAUGUGGGCAUCGCUGAGCGAGGAACAGAAGGAGACGUACGGCGAGGACUACUUCGAGCAGGCGAUCCGCUCACUGGAACCGUACUACCGUGGGGAUGGGGACUUCCACUCAACGAUCCGUGCCAUGACCGAUGCCAUCACGCGCACCUUCCCGAUGUUCCGCUACACGCCGCUGACACGCUACGAAAAGCUAAAAACCAUCAUCGCCGAACACCUUCCGAAUCCGCUGUACGAAAUGCUGUACAAAGCCUAAGAAGGACCCCGGAAGGACCGAGUCGCGAGUAGACGUGACACGUAGGCGCCCUAGUAGCCGCUGUAACAAGAUGGGAGGAGCUUUUGCUUUGUGUUUCGUUCGUGACCUUUCGUAGCCGUGUUUAGAGAAUAGAAUACGUUUUAGAACAGGUUUUGUGUAUCUUUGUGCCAUUUCGACCCUGUUCCUGUGUCGAACGAGUCUCUUGUGUUUGCAAUAAAAU